UUGCCAAGCUAAAGGUUGGUUGGUUUCUGUUGUUAUUAGUGAAAAGGUUAUUUUUAUAUUGUACAAAAUAUUCCCUUUCGUAAAUUUGAAAUUUGGUGAUGCCGAAUAAAUAUUUAUGAUGUUCAAGAUCAUUUGAAUGAAUUCAGACACCAAUAUCCCUAACUGCCAUAAGUGUAUCUGUUUAAAACGUUGAAACACCUUUUUAUCCUUCAAAUAUUUGAAAAUAUCCAGAAUGUCGCUUCGUUUACAAAUAGAGAAGCAAAAGGCUCAAGAAGAGAUGCGACGGCUGAUGGCUGAAAGGAAAAAAAAGAAUAUAAAACCUACGAAGAUAGAUAAUCCUCUUGCAAAAUACAAUAACACAGGACAACUUAUGUGUAUCCUUUGUAAUUCGGUAGUUCGGUCUGAGCAUGUUUGGCAAGUGCACUUAAAUAGUAAACAGCACCGAGAGAAUGUUGAGAAAGCGAAGAAGUUAAAAGAACUGACAAAUAAUUUCACAGUUGGAAAGAUCAAACAUAAAAGUGGAAGUCCUCCGAAGGAUGCACCACCUGAAAAAAAAUUGAAGGGAAUUUUGAAAAAUGCAGAAGCCCCAUUACCUAUUGUUCAGCCACCUAAAAACAAUGCUCCUCAAGUCAUUUCAUUUCAUGAUGAAGAAAUCAAAAGAACACCAUUAAAUGUUCCACCUGCUGCUAACAGUGGAGAUGUUCCAGCAACAAGUUCAACAGAAGCAGAAAGCGUACCAGGAUCGGAGCAACCUAUCCCUGAAGGGUUCUUUGAUGAUCCCAUCCUAGAUGCCAAGGUACGAAAUAUAGAAUAUAAAGACCCAAUUGAAGAGGAAUGGGAUAAAUUCCAAAAAGAAAUAAAGGAGGAGGCAACUGCAUCGGCAGAAAUUAUUGCGGGUGAGCAGGAAGAAGCAACUGCUGAGCGACAAAUUGAUGAGAUCGACGAACAAAUUCGGAUUUGGUCUAAGGUUCUUGACCUGGAGUUAAAAAAGGAAGAAACCAAAAAAACUAUACAAGAAAUGGAAAAGAUGAGCGAAGACGAUAUUGGAGAUUCGGAAAAUGAAGAUGAUAUCGAUGAAUUUUUAGAUUGGCGAGCGAAGAAAUCGUAUACCUAAUAUUGUAUAUUAUUAUUUAUAAUAAGGAAAUAAAAUUACAUUAACUUAA